AUGAUACUGCAACAUGAGUGACAGUAAAUGUGAUAGUCAGUUUUACAGUGUUCAAGUCGCAGAUUCCACAUUCACUGUACUAAAACGCUACCAGCAAUUGAAGCCCAUAGGAUCUGGGGCUCAGGGCAUUGUUUGGAGCCAUCAAUGCAGUGCCUUGCCAUUAACUGGCAGGAUGAGGCAAAUCAAUGUCAUUAUCACUCCAUGGAUUAACCAGAAAGGGAUGCUGUGUGAGGGGUUGGGCUGGCCGUCUCUUCCUUGGUGUGUCACCUCAACUAUGUGUCCAGCCUCCACUGCCCCAGGAUGUGCGAAUCGUUAGUCUGAGCCUGAACCUUAGUCUCUUGUAUGUCACCACAGCACUGGGCCACCCAAAGUGCUGCAUUUGAUACAGUCCUUGGGAUAAAUGUUGCAGUAAAGAAGCUGAGUCGUCCGUUUCAGAACCAAACACAUGCAAAAAGAGCGUAUAGGGAGCUUGUUCUUUUAAAAUGUGUCAAUCACAAAAACAUAAUUAAUUUGUUAAAUGUAUUUACACCACAGAAAUCACUUGAAGAAUUUCAAGAUGUGUAUUUGGUUAUGGAACUGAUGGAUGCUAACUUGUGCCAGGUUAUUCAUAUGGAGUUGGAUCAUGAAAGAAUGUCCUACCUUCUCUACCAGAUGUUGUGUGGUAUCAAACAUCUCCAUUCAGCUGGUAUUAUCCACAGAGAUUUGAAACCCAGCAAUAUAGUAGUAAAAUCAGAUUGUACGCUCAAAAUCCUUGAUUUUGGACUGGCAAGAACAGCAUGUACUAAUUUUAUGAUGACGCCAUACGUAGUAACACGGUAUUACAGAGCACCAGAGGUUAUCUUAGGCAUGGGAUACAAAGAGAAUGUUGAUAUCUGGUCAGUUGGGUGCAUCAUGGGAGAAUUGGUGAAAGGUUGUGUGAUAUUCCAAGGCACUGAUCAUAUUGAUCAAUGGAAUAAAGUUAUUGAACAGUUAGGAACACCAUCAGCAGAUUUUAUGAAGAAACUACAGCCUACUGUGAGGAAUUAUGUAGAAAACAGACCGAAAUAUCCAGGUAUCAAAUUUGAAGAGCUCUUCCCAGAUUGGAUAUUUCCAUCGGAAUCUGACCGUGACAAAUUAAAAACAAGUCAAGCUAGAGACUUAUUAUCAAAAAUGCUGGUAGUAGACCCAGACAAACGAAUUUCUGUAGAUGAAGCCUUACGUCAUCCAUAUAUCACGGUCUGGUAUGAUCCAGCUGAAGCGGAAGCACCUCCUCCUCAAAUCUAUGAUGCACAACUGGAAGAAAGAGAACACGCCAUUGAAGAAUGGAAAGAAUUAAUAUACAAAGAAGUAAUGGAUUGGGAAGAAAGAAGCAAGAAUGGUGUGGUAAAAGAUCAGCCCUCAGAUGCAGCAGUGAAUAGCAACACCAGCCCUUCCCAGUCGUCAUCUAUCAAUGACAUUUCAUCCAUGUCAACAGAGCAAACAUUGGCUUCAGAUACCGACAGCAGCAUUGAUGCCCUGACGGGACCCCUUGAAGGAUGCCGAUGAUUAGCCAGGAUUGGAGACGUAACAUUGGGGGGAGGGGGAACCCUUGUUUCCAUUGGCCUGAAUUGCCUGUAAGUUAAUGGAACCAAGUAGAGAAACUCCAUAUUCUGCAUGUUCUACUAAAUUAAUGCCUGUGUUUUACUCAGUUGUAGUAAGAAUCCCUGCUUAAUGUUGUAAAAUGAAAGCAAUGUCUAAAGAAAAAAAUUACAGUUUAGACAUGACUAUAGGCUUUUUUAUUUCAGCCUAUUUCAGGUGAGCAGUUACAGUAGAUAUGAGUAAGCUGAUGGACCUUCUGUCUUGUUCAGUAGACUUCUGUAACACACACGGUCAAUACAUUUUUGCAUAGACUUAGCCUGCAGUGGAUUUUUUGAAUGUAUAGCAUCCAUAUAAUUUGCUUAAAUAUGACUGCAGAAGUUUGUGCUAUUUAACUCCAAUAUGUUUUUUGUGUGUGUUACUUUACAUAUCGGACAUGUUAGUACUGUAUUCAAGGGGCAAUUGUUCUUCCACAUAGCACUUUUUUUCCUAUUAAGCCCUUUCUCUUCUCACCUCACAAUAAUUCUGUAUAUCUUCUUGUAGAAGAAACAAACUUGUGACCUUCAAAUAGCAUAGCAAUCAUUUCAUAUUUUACAUAUGAAUGCAACUAUGCUUCUCUGAACGUCUUUUAGUUGUGUUUUAGUGGGAGAUAGACUGGGUUAGUUUGAUGAAGUCAUGUCUCUUUAAAUGAAUGAAGUGUUAAAUUAUUUCCUUAUUUUCUGGCUAAUACAUUAUUUUGAUCUUUAUGAAUAA